AUGGGCAGUUGUUUUGUUGUGAGGCUUAUUCCUUUGUGGCUAUGCAUUUGUGCGGUAUCGGAAUCAAGAUCAGAAUCAGUUAAUGUAGGGGUGGUCCUUGGUUUUGAUUCAUGGGUUGGGAGGGUGGCCAACACGUGCAUAAGUAUGGCCCUCCACGAUUUCUACAUGGACCAUCCAAACUACUUCACUAGACUAUCUUUGUAUAUUCGAGAUUCAGAUCUAGAUGUUGUUGGGGCAGCUUCAGCUGCUUUGGACCUGAUGAAGAAUAUGGAGGUGCAAGCCAUUCUUGGCCCACAAACAUCAGCAGAGGCCAAGUUUUUGGCUGAUCUUGCAAACAAAUCUCAUGUCCCCAUUCUCUCCUUCUCAGCAACCUCUCCUUUCUCCUCCACCAGCACUCCUUAUUUUGUAAGAGCAACUCUCAACGACUCGGCGCAAGCAAAGCCGAUCGCCUCUCUCCUCGAAGCCUACAAAUGGAGACAAGCAGUAGCCAUAUAUGAAGACACGGAGUACGGAGCCAGCUUCAUUCCAUACUUAAGUGAUGCUGUCUUGGAUGUCGGUUCUCGAAUUCAACAGCGAACAGUUCUCCCCUCCUCUGCCUCUGAUGAAUUCAUCAAGGAGGAGCUCUAUAAACUGAUGACCAUGCAAACUCGGGUUUUCAUAGUACACAUGUCAUCUCCUCUUGCCUCCCGUUUAUUCCAAAUGGCUCAAAUGAUCGAUAUGAUGAGUGAGGACUAUGCUUGGAUCAUAACAGAUGGACUGGUCAGUCUCUUGAACUCGAUGGAUCGUUCAACCAUAGACUCAAUGCAAGGGGUCUUGGGGGUGACGGGGUACAUAGAAAAAUCAGAACGUUUGGACAAUUUCACCGCUAGGUGGAAGCGAAAUCAUAGAGAAGUGUACCCCAAUGAAAUAGAACUCCCUGAUUUAAAUGUUUUUGCUUUAAGAGCAUAUGAUGCUACCUGGACUCUGGCUCUCGCAGUAGAGAAAUCUGGCACCAGAGCCCUGAAUUACUGGCAGGCAAGUGCCAUAAAAUUGACUGGAAACUCUACUGAACUAUCAAAUCUAGGAAUUUCACUAGCAGGCCCAAGACUCCUAAAGGCAAUCCUAAAAACACAAUUCCAGGGCUUAACAGGCCAUAUCCGUUUCAUUAAUGGAGAGCUGCAGGCCACUACCUUUCAAAUAAUCAACAUCGUAGGGAAAGGAACAAGAGAGAUUGGGUUCUGGUCACCAGAAUUCGGUCUCUCUCGCACACUCAACAAACAAACCUUACAAAGGGAAAAAGGUUACACUGCAGCAAUGGCAGAUCUUAGAGCAGUGAUCUGGCCUGGGGAAUCAACUUCCGUGCCGAAGGGUUGGGUGUUUCCAACAAACGGCGCCAAGUUGAAGAUUGGCGUUCCCGUAAAGUCUGGUUUCAAGGAAUUUGUGAAGGUGGAGCGGGACCCAGGCAACAAUAAGACAAAGGUGACGGGGUUUUCGAUUGAUGUUUUUACUGCAGUUGUGGAGGCUCUGCCUUAUGCCUUGCCUUAUGAGUUUGUUCCAUUUGAAGAUGGUGAAGGCAGAAGUGCAGGGACAUAUAACGAAUUGGUUUAUCAGGUCUAUCUUGGGACGUAUGAUGCCGUGGUGGGAGAUGUGACCAUUAACGCGAACAGAUCGAAAUAUGUGGACUUCACCCCCCCAUAUACAGAAUCAGGAAUUUCAUUGUUAGUACCUCUGAAGAAGGAGAGCGGAAGCAAAGCUUUGGCUUUCUUGAAGCCAUUAACUUGGGAGCUUUGGUUUCUAAUCACAGUUUUCUUCUUCAUCAUUCCCUCUGUGGUUUGGGUUUUGGAGCAUGGGAUAAACACUGCUUUUCGACGGCCAUGGAAAGAACAAUUGGGCAACGUUCUCUAUUUCUCCUUCUCAAUGCUCGUUUUUGCACAUCGUGAUCACAUAACCAGCAAUUUGUCACGGUUUAUACUUAUCACAUGGUUAUUUCUACUGCUCAUAUUAAGCAGUAGUUACACGGCAAACUUGUCUUCCAUUUUAACUGUGGAGCAGUUAAAGCCCACUGUUACUGAUGUGAACACAUUGCUUAAGAAUGGGGAGUGUGUGGGACAUCAGAAUGGUUCUUUUGUGAAGGGGUCCUUGAUGAACUUGGGAUUUCCAGAGUCAAGACUGAAGGCCUAUUGCACAGCUGAUGAAUAUGCAGAGGCCCUAUUCAAUGGUUCGGUUGGAGCAAUAGUCGGUUCUACUCCCAUUAUCAAAGUGUUCCUCUCUUACUAUCACGACAAAUUCACCAUGGUCGGGCUGACUUUCCGAACUGGGGGCUUUGGUUUUGUGGGUUCUCUCUCUUUCUCUCGUGGACAGGGAUUUUAUGACUUUGGCAUGGUGCUCCCCAAAAACUCAUUACUACUUUCUGAUAUUUCUGAGGCAAUCCUCAACGUAACUGAAGGAGACAAGAUGACUUCCUUAGAGAGGGCUCUGUAUGGCUACCAUAGUUCCCCCUCAACUGCCUCAAGGGGCCUUGGCUUGGAUUGCUUCUGGGUUUUAUUCCUCAUCAUCGGAAUGACUUGCAUUGGAGCUAUUUUUAUUCGAUUCUCCAUUUGCAAUUGGAAUAAAAAUCACAACGGAGUAAGUGAUACUGCAGAACCUAGAAAAUGCCUGUGGCGAAGGUUUAAGGAUGUGGCUGUAGGAUUCAGUAAGAGGGAUCAUUCGUCAGUUCUGCCUACAAGGGAGAGGAGUGCGAGAGAAAUCGAAAUUGGUGGAGAUGAAAGCACUCCGCCGCGUAGCAGUUCAGCCUCUGAAGAUGAUGCCAGCGCCAUUGCACUGCCCACUCCCAUGAAUUAUACUGAUGGUGGCAACGCACUUGACCAAGGAAGGGGUGCUCUAGGUUCAUAA